GACAGAGCAGAGCUGUUGGCUGGCUUGGUGGACACACAGCGGAGCGCACAACUCCCGGAAUCUCUACAACGCAUCUCCCGCACAGAUGGAUAUUUACGCAGCACUGUUGUUAUUUUUUCUUUUCACCAAACCAGCUUUUGGUUUCGGAUCAGAUCAAGAUUACCAGAUUGAUAUAAUCAGCGAACUUGACCUGGCCAAUGCCACUUAUGGAAUUACCCAAGUGGCAGGACUUCACAACGGCAGUAAAGCCUUCCUUUUUCGAGAUGCUGGGAGGGCAGUUCACGCCCCAUCACACAUUACAGAAAAAGUGGUGCAACUGUUCCGGAGUAAAAGUGAAUUCACCUUCUUGGCCACCAUCCAACAGAAGUCCUCCACAUCAGGAGUCAUAUUCUCAAUCCAUGAGUCAGAACACAGUUACUUUGAGCUGGAAAGCAGUGGCGUGAGAGAGGAGAUCAGAUACCACUACCGCUUUAAGGGCAAGCCACGAACUGAGUCCUUCCCCUAUAGGCUUGCUGAUGGGCAGUGGCACAAGAUCGCUCUCACAAUCAGCACCUCCCACCUCUUGCUGCACGUUGACUGUAACAGGAUUUAUGAGCGGGUGAUAGACCCCCCUCAGAUGGAGCUUACCUUGGGCAGCGGAGUGUGGCUUGGGCAACACAGCCACAAGCAUGGUCUGUUUAAGGGCAUUAUCCAGGAUGUGAAACUGAUCUUUGCACCAAAUGGCUACAUCACACAGUGUCCUAAUCUUAAUCGUACCUGUCCCACCUGCAGCGAUUUCCUAAGCCUAGUACAAGGCAUCAUGGACCUUCAGGAGCUACUCGCCAAGAUGACCCUGAAGCUGAAUUAUGCAGAAUCUAGACUGACCCAACUAGAGGGAUGUCACUGUGAAAGGACCUGCAACGCCAAUGGCCAGGUGUACCGGGACAAAGAGCUUUGGGUGGAACCUGAAAAUUGUAGGAAUUGUGCAUGUAAGAAUGGUGUGGUGGAGUGUCGCAGGAUCUUCUGUCCCCCAGCAAAUUGCACAGAUGACACGCUGCCUGUACACGUUAAUGGGACCUGCUGUAAAACAUGCCGACCAAAAUGUACCUACAUGGGACUGACGUUUGCUGAGGGUCAGCGCUUUCUAUCAAGGACAUGCAACGAAUGCAAGAAUGGCUUCAUGGUGAAAGUUACAGAAACGUGUCCAGAGAUUAACUGCACCGUCGUUGAGCAGAUCUUACCAGAAGGCAGAUGCUGCAAUGUUUGCAGAGGUUAUGACUUCUGCGCAGAGGGACUCAUUUGUGGAGAAAACUCUGAGUGUAAAAACAGGAAUACUAAAGCAGAGUGUGAAUGUAAGAGCGGCUAUGCCUCCAUCCAUGGGGAUUCUACUUAUUGUGAAGAUAUUGAUGAGUGUGCAACACAGAUGCAUUACUGCCAGUCCAAUACAAUGUGCGUGAACCUCCCUGGAAGUUAUCGUUGUGACUGCCUACCAGGUUUCACCAGAGUGGAUGAAUACUCCUGCACUGAGCACGAUGAGUGUGCCAGUGGCCAAAGCUUGUGUGAUGAGAACGCCAUCUGCACCAACACCAUCAUAGGACACCUGUGUACCUGCAAGCCAGGCUAUGUUGGGAAUGGUACCAUCUGCAGAGCUUUCUGUGAAGAUGGUUGUCGGAGUGGAGGGUCCUGUGUGUCCCCAAACACAUGUGUUUGUCCUUCGGGAUUCACAGGAAGCCGCUGUGAAACGGAUAUAGAUGAGUGUGCAGAAGGCCUGAUCGAGUGCCACAACCACUCCCGCUGUGUCAACCUACCCGGCUGGUACCACUGUGAAUGCAGAAGUGGUUUCCAUGACAAUGGGUCCUACCAGCUUGACGGAAGUUCUUGCAUUGACAUUGAUGAGUGCAUUUUGCAGACACACACCUGCUGGAACAAUAGUGUUUGUGUGAACCUCCCAGGAGGCUAUGACUGCAUGUGCACAUCUGGUCCAGGCUGCAGCGGUAACUGUCCACAAGAAGACGUUAUAAGACGCAAUGGAGAAGAUUGGAGACCAACCUAUGAUCGUUGUGCUGUUUGCUCAUGCAAGGAUGGACAGACCUUUUGCAGGAGGAGACCCUGUGACUGUGCAGACCCACAUGAGGACCUGUUUUGCUGUCGUAGUUGUGACAACAGGCCGAGCAGUCAGUGUCUGGACCAGAGCGGACGAACGCUGUACCGCAGUGGAGCGUCUUGGCUGUACGGUUGCCAGCAGUGUCGCUGCUUGGAAGGGGAGGUUGAUUGCUGGCCUUUAGUUUGUCCCGUAUUAUUGUGCGAGUACACGGCAGUGGCAGAGGGGGAAUGUUGCCCACGCUGUGUCACAGACCCCUGCUUGGCUGACAACCUGUCCUACGACAUUCGGCAGACAUGCAUGGACCCCGCAGGUGUCACUCGCCUCAGUGGGGACACAUGGCUUAUGCCCAAGUCACCCUGCACUGUCUGCAAGUGUAAGAACGGGAAGGUGUGUUGCUCUGUGGAUCUCGACUGCCUUCAGAACAACUGAUACCCUUCCCUUUUCUCCUCCUCUCACAACGGGACUGUCACACGGCCUCCUCCAUCAGACAAAUUUCCCUCUGGAUUCAUAAGAGAGACUCGCACAAGAACAAGUGCAUGACAGUGUGUGCACAGGAAACACACACCGGACAGACUUUGGGUGUCGAAGUGGCACCUUUGCGCCACAAAUCUGAUGAUGAGCAGCGAGCAAGUAUGUGUGACUCAGGAGAAGACUGAGGUCAUCGUCACGCUAAGUCAGUGUGUAGUGUUUGUGUCUUUCUGUUUGUCUUUUUUCUUUUUUUUUACUUUAAUGUCUUAAGAAAAUGCGUGCAAACUUAACCAACCAAACAAGGGCACCAGCUGAUCACAUGCUUUAGUGCUCCAUCCCUCUAUAUUUCCUGAUUAUUGGCUCACUUUCACUUGGUCAUCUUAAGAAAGAUGUCACAAAACGUAUAUUACUGUUGUAACAAAAACAAUCCGUUAAUUUUCAAUCUUUUGUCUUAGAGAAAAGGUGUUGUUUUAGUACAAAAUAAUAUUACAUAGGAUCAGUCCAGCACUAAGAUUUCCUGCUGAUGGCUUUCCAAAUUGGGAAAUAUUCUUGCUACUGUUUUAUGCAAAGUAAU